ACAAAAUGUGUAACCCUUUCCGGAUAACCAUCGUGUCAGUUCUCUGCGUGGCAGUUGCUUCCAGCCACGUCCACGGGAGGAGAUCCCGGGUCAUGAACAUGGAAGAUGAGACACAAAACGAAAUCGAUAGCGGAAGAUCCGAAGACAGUUGGUGGCCAUCAGCCGAGUUCACAAUUUUACAAAAAGUUUAUGACGAUUGCAGUGCACACAAACAGUUUUCGACGUGUCUAAAGGGCAAAGCAUUGACGGCGCUGACCAGAGCAGUAGAAAUGGACAGCGUUCAACUCGCGGACGGGCUAACGUUGGUGAAGCAGGCAGACGCGCCCUCUGCGAUUGCAGAGCCUCGCUUCUACUCCGGAAUGUCACUGGAAGACAAACUUGACACGAUGUUACGUACCAAAUUCGAGCAGUUGAUGAACUCGCACACCAUAUCCAUGGACCUCGCGUCAGAAGGCAGAGGCAGAGGAAAGAAAGUGCUGCCUUAUCUGUUACUUGGUAUCUUUACAACCAUGAGCAUAGUUGGUGGUAUGGCUCUGAAGACACUAGCUGCCAUUGCCGGCAAGGCCCUCAUCGCCAGUAAGGUAGCGCUGACGAUUGCAGGAAUCAUUGCCCUAAAGAAGCUAUUCAGUCACGACGGUAGCAAUGGUGAAACUACUUUCCAAGUGCACGCAGAUGGACACCAUAGGCGCAAUCUGUAUGUGGUGAGGCAAGCGAAACCAAGCGGAGUGGAUCCUUACCGGUUGUAUGCGGAGCAGACGACCGCGAGCGCAUAACCCCGGCGUCGCCGUCGCCGCCCUGCCGCGCGGCAUCGUGCGACACCGCGCGGCAUUGCCCGCCGCGCCUCUGCCGCCUGUUCGCCACCGGACACCACUGCAUCAUCUAAACAAAAUAACCUCAAACCAAAGUACCGUCCACAAACUGGACACCACUCUCAGACCGAUGGGUCGUCCAUUCUCAUUCUCAAAUCUAUGUCAGUAAAUU